CCUGCGGGGUUCGUGCCAGUGGCACCAUGGCAGCCUCGAGGGACGCGGCGCUGCUGGCCUGGAUCCUCUUCAUCGGGGGCACGGCGCUGGUGGCCACAGAACAAAAAGCAGAACAACCAGAAGCAGAGACCAAAUAUGGGAGAGUCCAAGGGUACCAAUUCAAAGUAGACACAGCUGAGAGGACUGUAAAUGUUUUUUUGGGACUUCCUUUUGCUAAGCCUCCAGUUGGACCACUGAGGUUUACUGAACCCCAGCCACCUGAGCCAUGGGAAGAUGUCAGAGACGCCACUUCUUACCCACCAAUGUGUCUACAGGAUAAAGUACAAGGACAAUAUUUUUCAGACAUUAUUACCAACAGAAAAGAGAAAGUUCUUCUCCAAGUGUCUGAGGACUGCUUGUACCUGAAUGUGUACACACCCGUUUCUACAGGAAAACAGGAGAAGCUGCCUGUGUUAGUAUGGAUCCAUGGGGGUGGAUUAGUUUUUGGAGCAGCUUCAUCCUAUGACGGCUCAGCAUUAGCAGCCUUUGACAAUGUUGUGGUUGUAACAAUUCAGUACCGAUUAGGUAUUGCUGGAUAUCUUAGCACUGGUGAUGAGCAUGCCCGAGGUAACUGGGGAUAUUUAGAUCAAGUAGCGGCUCUUCAGUGGAUUCAGGAAAAUAUCAUACAUUUUGGAGGAGAUCCAGGAUCUGUCACUAUCUUUGGAGAAUCUGCAGGAGGAAUCAGUGUUUCUGCUCUUGUCUUAUCUCCCCUGGCCAAGGGCUUGUUCCACAAGGCCAUUUCAGAGAGUGGUACUGCAGGCCUGGGUUUGUUCACUGACCAGCCUAAAGAGGAAGCACAAAAAAUUGCUGCUGUCUCUGGCUGUGAAAAAUCCAGUUCAGCUGCAAUAGUUGAAUGCUUGAGAGAAAAAACAGAAGAAGAGCUAGUACAGAUAACACUGAAGAUGGAUUCCUUUUUCAUCAGUUCAUGUGUAGAUGGUGUAUUUUUUCCAAAGAGUCCCAUGCAAUUACUAUCUGAAAAAUCAAUCAAUGCAGUCCCCUACAUAAUAGGAGUAAAUAACUGUGAAUUUGGAUGGGGAAUUCCAAUGAUGAUGAAAUUUCCUCCUUUUGUGGAUGGUCUGGAUAAAGAUGUUGCACGUCGAAUUUUACAGAGCAGCUUAGCACUAUUCAUUAAGGGUAUUACGUCUGAAGUUGUUGACAGAGUGUACAAGGAGUACAUGGGGGACGCAGAAAGCCCUGCUCAGGUCCGAGAUGGCCUCCUGGAGGCAAUGGGAGAUGUCUUCUUUGUCAUCUCAGCUAUGGAAGUGGCCAGAUACCACAGAGAUGCAGGCAACCCAGUCUACUUCUAUGAAUUCCAACAUCGACCAAGUUCAGCGGAAGGUGUGAUACCAGCGUUUGUAAAAGCAGAUCAUGGAGCUGAGAUUGCCUUUGUCUUUGGAAAGCCAUUCUUAGCUGGAGAUGCUACAAAAGAAGAAAAUACACUUAGCAGAGCUGUUAUGAGAUACUGGACCAACUUUGCUAAAAAUGGAAAUCCCAACGGAGAAGGCUUGGUCCAUUGGCCUCAGUAUGACCUGGAGGAAAGAUACCUGGGAAUAGACCUGCAGCAAAAGGCAGCAGAAAAACUGAAAGAACACAGAGUGGAGUUUUGGGCACAACUCACGAAACAAACACAGACUGAAAGAAAACACACAGAUCUAUAAGAGCUGUGGAGGACACAGUUUGCUUUUAAACCCCAAAGAAAAGUCAAACAAAAUGAGUUUGUCAGGAUGCAGAGUAAUAAUCACCUUCUAACUCACUGUCGUGUAAUCUGUUGUCCUGAUCACAGCAAAAGGGGAGAAACAAGGGGAAUUCAGAAUAUUCGUCUGACUAAAAAUCACUAUUUAAUGAAGAAGCAGAAAAAAAUUCCCACAAUCAUUUAGGUUCAAACAGACCACAGUACCUACUCGGUGCAUGUCAAGACUGAAUAAUGAGGUGGGAAUGGGCACAUGAAUUGAAAUCUGUAAGAAAUUAUCUAUACCGAAUAUACCAUAAGUGUCAGACUACCUUACAUGCUUAUUCCUCUCUUCUUUCAGAAGAACAUGGUCAGUUGUCCUUCCUACAGCCUCUUCUUUCUCUAACUGGAUAUAACUUGUAGGGAGCAGAGCAUCCAUCAAACUACGUCUGUGAGAUGGACUUGACAUCUCACAAAAGAGGACAGAAAAUCUCUAGUUGUUUUAUUGCUUUGUGAAUUGUUAUAAAUGAAUGUUGCUUUGA